AUGGUGAAAGACAUGACACCAUUUCCAGAUCAGGAUAUGAUCCACAACAACUUAGUGAGAGCUAAAUUCAGAUCUAAAAUAGAUUUGUCCGACGUCUACAAACAAGUAUGCGUCAAGCCAGAUGAUGUCUGGAAAACAGCAUUCUCAAUGCCAGUAGGUACUUUCAUCAGUCAGGUACUGCAGCAGGGAGACUGCAACAGACCUUCAACCUUCCAAAGGUUGUGCACUCAUGUGUUCAGAGAAUGCAUAGGGAGGGGAGUACACCCCUACAUAGACGAUAUUCAUGUCUAUUUGGAUACAACCAAAGAGCAUGAGGAUCUCUUGUGCUACAUGUUCAAGGCACUCUACCCCAAGAAUUCAAAGGUCAAAAUCUUCAAUUCAGUCAUUGAAUAG